AUGACCGACAAGGAGGUUGCCGAGAAAAUCAAGAAGCUGCAAGCAAUGGCUGAGGCUGUGCGCACCGGAGGAAAGGGAACCGUGCGAAGGAAGAAGAAGGUUGUGCACAAGACCGCCGCUUCGGAUGACAAGAAGUUGCAAUCGAACCUCAAGAAGCUUUCCGUCACCAACAUUCCUGGCAUUGAGGAGGUUAACAUGAUCAAGGAGGACGGAACGGUCAUCCACUUCAACAACCCAAAAGUGCAAGCUUCGGUCCCGGCUAACACCUUUUCCGUCUGUGGAAGCGCUGAGAACAAACAAAUCACAGAGUUGCUACCAGCGAUUCUUAAUCAACUGGGUCCUGAGUCACUCACGCAUCUCAAGAAGUUGGCAAGCAAUGUUACAACACAAUUCAAGACUUCCGAAGAAGAUGACGUUCCUGAUCUCGUUGGCGACUUUGAUGAGGCUUCUCGAAAUGAAAAGAAGAGCUGCGAAGGACAUGAUCACGAUCACUCGGGCCACGCACACCAUCAC